AAUUGGUGGGCCCCGCACUAAAAAGGGCUAGCGCCCACUUCAGACCAGGACUGGCAAAAUUAAGGCAACCCUCAACUGGCGCCUCCAUCAUCAUUUUUUCCCAUACGCCGAGCAAAUUUCAACUCGUCAACCCCAGACACGGCAACGUUAGUCGGGGCACAUCAAUACUCUGCGACGCAAGUUUCUUGACAGAAAUAAUCGACAUUCCGGUAUUCGGUUCUUCCGUUCCCGGCUACAAAGCGAUCCGAUCUCGUUCUCCUCUCUGAAGCGAAAGCUGAAACCCCGGUCGGCUUCGCCCUUUGCAUUCGUGCGCGCAUCGGUCCUAGAAUCGUUGCGCGUGUUCGCCUAACCGCAAUCAUGGCUCCUAAGAAGAAGGAACAGCAGAAGAUGUCCCUUGGGGACUUUCUGGCUGACAGCUUUGGUGGAGGCUCAUCUUGGGCUGAUGAGGUAGAGGAAACCUCUUACGUCACUGGCACUCAGGCUCUGCCCCCUUCCGACCGGCCUCGGUACAACAACAACGCUGCUUCCAGCUGGCAGGACCGGGGUUUCUCCGUUCGCGAAGCUGCCCCUCAAACCCUCCCCGACAAGCCUCCUUAUACCGCUCACUUGGGCAACCUUUCCUACGAUGUUACCAACGACGCCGUGGGUGAAUAUCUCGCGGACUGUGGUGUCGUCAACGUCCGCCUUAUCGAGGACCGUGAGCUGCAGCGCCCCAAGGGCUUCGGCUAUGUCGAAUUCGAGACUCUGGAUGGCCUCAAGAAGGCUCUUACCUUCGACGGCGAGAACUUCAACGGACGAAUGAUCAAGAUCAAGGUCGCCGAUCCUCCUCGUGGCGGUGAUCCUGGCCGAGGUGACUCUAUCCGUGAGAUGGGUAACUGGGACCGCAAGGGACCUCUGCCCGAUGCCCCUUCAAGGGGUGGUGCUCGUGACUUCGGUGACCGUGAGCGACGGCCUCGUGAUCCUGCUUUCGAGUCUCGCCCCCAACGUGAGUUCACCUGGGAGCGACAUGGACCCCUGGCCCCUCUCUCUCCUCAAGAUGGUUCCGGAUCCCGAGACGGCAGCCGCCCCCGUGCUUCUCCCGAUGUGCUUGGUGACCGUAGUGAAUCUUACCGAGGAAACCGCCGGGAUUCUCCUGCUUGGGGCGAGGCUCGCGAGGGUGGUUCUCGUCCUCGUCCCGAACGCCCUGAGCGACCUGAGCGAACUGCUACUGCUGCUGAGAAGGACAUGCAGUGGCGCGAGAGAAUGCGUCCCGAUGCUGCUAAGGCUACCUCCCCCGACGGUAGCGCACCCCCAUCUCCCGCUCUUUCUAACGCCGCACCUGCUCAGGGUGGUCGCCCUCGCUUGAACCUCCAGAAGCGAACUGUUUCCGAGGCCCCCGAUGCUUCAUCAACAUCCCAGGGCUCUGAUUCUAAGGCCAGCCCCUUCGGCGCCGCUCGUCCUAUCGAUACCGCAGCAAGGGAGAAGGAGAUUGAGGUCAAGCGCCUGCAGGCUAUCCAGGAGAAAAAGGAGGCCGAUGAGAAGGCCAAGGAGGAGCGAAAAUUGGCGAAGGAGGCUGCUGCCAAGGCUGAAGCUGAGGCUGCCGAGAAGGCUGAGGCCGCUGAAGCCAAGCAAGCCGCUGAAGCUGCCGAGGCUAAGCAGAUCGCUGAGGCAGCUCCUGAGGCAACAGAACCCAAGGCUGAAGCUUCCGACGGCGCCAAUGGCGAGCAGAAGGUUCCUAUCCGAAACCGCGAGCCCCGAGAGGGUGCUCCCAAGUCAAGAGCAACCGAAGCUUCAAGCUGGCGCUCUGCCUCAAACGAGCAGCGAGGACCCCGUGGAGGAGCUGGACCUCGGGGCGGUCGUGGUGGCCGUGGCGGCAUUCGGGAGGCACGAGCUGGACCUCUCCGCUCCAACGGAUCAGCUGCUCAACAACCCGCGUCUACUGAUGCCGAGCCUGCUACACCCACAGCUGACGACGACGGUUGGACUACAGUGCCCAACAAGAAAGGUCGCCAGGGACGUGCGAUGGCACCCUAGAAUGUGUACCAAUCGCCUCGUUUCUCUAUGGUUUGACGACUGAGAAUGCCUGUUUACAAGAUGCGAGUCACCUAGCUCGUAGUUAAGAGUAGUGAUCAUCUUGGACUUUGCUAUUUUCUCGUAAAUGACACCCAUCUUACACUCGAUUGCAAGCGAUGGUUUUUGAAGCUGGUUCUAAACAAAGGCUGGUUCGAAACUUGUGCCUGCUCUUCUCUUCUCGUUAUCCUCGACAAUCUAGUAUCACAGGUUGCUCAGGGCAUGGAAUUGAAAUCUCUCCGCCGGUUCUAAUCGACCACGGCAUCCUGUUUUCCUCGUCUGACCGCCACACGUUGGACCUACUCAUGAUCAACCUCAACACCCGCUUUCACUCGUUCAGGGGGGUUGGAGAGGGCAUUUUUGAGCAUUUGACCUUUGGCGUUUCGAGACAAAAGCAAAAGAAUGGCGGCGAAUGGAUGGAUGGAUGAACGGAUGGAUGAAUGGACUGAAACGUGGCAUGCAUUUGAAUGAUCACAGCUCUUUUUUAUUGUCUCUUUAUGUUUCCCUUUUUGUCUUUUUUUUUUUAUUACUGUUUUUGAUUUCCCCCAAAAACGUCUAGGCCGCGUGUUGACUUCCUUGAUCGAUGAUUAUGAAUGAGGGAGAGGGUGAAAAGCAGGAGAGGGACUGAAAAAGUUUACUUGCUUUGGCUUAAAGAACACUCAGGCAAGGCUACUAUAGGCAGUUCGUUUUCUCUAGACUCGGCAAAGGUGAUGAGACGUCGACUCUUAUGAUAUGAACUCGGAUCUGUAUGCUAGACGGUUCAUGGGAUCAAUGAAAUGUCCUGUUAUUUAUUUUUCUCUCCGAUCGGUGCGGUGUCUUUUGUGUGUCUUCUUGGUUUCUCAAUGAGGUCUCGGUGUUUGUUCUUUAUACCUUUAUAAGGGGUGAGGACUAUGUCUGUGUGUGACUAUAGACGAGUAAUGAGCACAUGAAGUCUCCUCUCAUGCUGACCCAUUUCGUUACCACUGAUGACUCUUCUUGCUGGCCACUUUGGCUUAUUUGCUUGCUUCGUUCUCCCCUUUCCAGAGUCUGAAGCCCUCGAGUACGUUCCUCUUCACUCCCUCGCUCACAAACUCCAACUUCUUGCCAUCCUUGAACCUAUUCUGAAGUGCUUCUUCCUCUGUCACCCACGCAAACUCGACAUGUUCAUUCUCAUCGAUCUUGACUUCAUCACAGCUCUCCACCUCGACCCAGACCGUCAACUUUCCCCAGACUCCAUCAUGUGCACGAAACACAAGCAUGUCAUACAGAACCUCCAAGUCCUUCUCUAGAGGAUCAUCUGGCAUCGGCUCUGUGAUGGGUGCAAUUCCUACCACGGCUUUUACAGCCUUUGCGCGCAGUCCGGCUUCUUCCCAGAGUUCACGAACUGCUGCAGCAACGAGGCCAUGGUCUGAGUCAUCGACACAACCGCCGGGGACUUCCCAUAGCAGAGGCCAGGAGUCAUGGGCUGCGCGGCGGAGAAGAAGGACUUGGCCUCGGGGAUUGGUGACUAGGGCGCCAGCUAUGAGGUGCUCAAUUGGCGGGUGGGCAGCUCGGAAGACAUCUGGAGUAGAGGCGAAGGCCUCGAGAGAUGCGGGUUGAGUGUAGGAUAGUGGUGGCGAAGGUGAGGUUGGCAUUAUGAGGGUUGUUGAUGUAUGUUGAUCUUGGCCUCGUUGUAGUAUUUAUAGUCUUGAAGACUUUAUAUGUUUGAUAAUCGAUACCUGGUUUAGGCUGCGAGUUGAAGAUGAUUGGUUGAGAAAGAAAUGCCGCGCAUAGAUUAAUUGUUAAGCACUGGGCACUUC